UCUUCUUGUGUUUAUGUUCUUUGUUGGCGUCAUUCGGAAGGGGAACCUUUCAUAACAUCACUUUUGUUUGCCCUAUGGUUUGCUCGAGCCGCGUACAUUUUCAUAGACUUUGCAACGACAGGCUAAAUGGUUAAUAUCGGACUGAGGAGAGUAGACGAUGCCCUGGCUGCUAAACACCCUGGUCUACAACAAUAUGCUGCUUGUCAGUCAUCAGCCUUCAUGAAGGGCACUGGGACGUUUCUCUUAGGUACUGCUGGUUUUUUUGUUCUUCAAAAAGCUUUACAAAAGAGGCUUCCUUAUGCACUUCAGUGGAACCUGCUCGUUUCAUUUGUGGCCUCGUCUGUCGGAAGCUACGCAGUGACGCGCUGGGAGACCAGGAAAUGCACUGAGCUGUGGUUGCUGUUGGAAAAAGGAGAAAUUCCAGAUCCAACUCCAUCAAAAGGGAGAGGGCUGUGGCCGCAAUCGAUGGAGGAGGCAGUCAGCUGUGCAGGAAGGCAACAACAGGAGUAUGUAGGGAUCUGACAUGGACAGGGAAUUCUUUUAUUUAAACAUUCAGAGGAAAUCAGGCCUACUGUAGGCCUAUGUAAAUAAGAUUAAAGAUGUCUAGAAUUAUAUCUGUAAAUGGCAGGUGUACUUUGCUUUUGAUGGGGCCAUAAUGUUAUAUUAAUAAAAAGCAUUUUAUUGAUUGGCACCUUUCAGGCCACUUAAGCACACCUUACAUGCAUAAUUAAUAAAAUAUUAAAAACACUUGGUGGAGCGUGUUUGUCACUUAUGUGAAAGAGCUGAGUAACGGAAUAAGAUGCAGCUGGGCAGGGCGCUGAGAGCUGAUGCAUGAGGCAUGAUUGUGGCACGGCAGACAAGUACAGGAGCAUGAUGGACCGGGAUCUGAUGAGGAAACAAAGAUUUUCUAACUUAAGAUAAAAUAUACUCUGAAGUUUCCAGUUUCUGCAAACAGAAGAGAAAGGGUUUAGUUACGGCUUUGUAUCAUUAAUACGAUAGACUGUGACAAACAAUCGAUAACAAACAAAAAAAUUGUUUAAAGCCCACUCACCACAUCAAGGUGCAGGCCAAGAGUGGGAACAAAGACUCGCAUCAAACUCAGGGGGACAGUGGAACAUGUAAAAAUCAUAUAAAUACAUGAAACAUUUACAUAAAUACGAGACCAUAAGAUAUGUUUGGGUUUCUCUUGUUUUAUCUUGAAAACAAAAUACACAUAACAUUAAGAAAAGAAGGGAAGAAAAUAAAAGUAAUAAUAGAUAAAGCUAAACUCAGUUAGUGAUGGGCAUACAUUUAAAUGUACAAAAAUUACAGAGGUCACUGAUCGGAUGUGCUGUUCAAAAAGAAAUGCACUAUUAAACUAUGCCUUGUGCUCCAUGCAAGCUCCAAGUCUACAAUUGAACAAUGUCUUUUUGCAGUUUUGAGUGCUUUGUGCCAACUUGUGCUCAGUCAUGCAAGCUCCAAGUGUAAGAUUAUUUACAAAAAAUGCAUUCAAUAACUUAUGUACAAAUAAAUGGUUACAUUUCAACCAGCAACGAAGUUGGAGUGGCAUCAGUGUUGCCAGGUGUACGAUAAUUAUCGUAUUUGUAUACGAUAAUUUGGCCCUCUGUACGAUGUACGACCAAUAAUCCCAAAAAAGGCCAAAAAUACGAUAAUUUGACCAUUCAGUGAAUGUGUGGUUGUAAUAUGUUGUAAUCAGCCUGUCGCAACUGUUUUUUUGUGAACCCUGAAGGCAUCUCUUUCCAUGUGACAAAUUUCAAGCCAAUCGUGCUUUUCUAAAUGUGAGCUUGCCUCAGAACAACGGCAAUGAUUGGCUGAAUAGUCCGCUGCGCCCGCCCCAGGAAAAAAAAGAAAAAAAGAAAAGAAGAAGAAGCAGAGUACAAUAUCUUUAUUUGAGUUUUAAGCACCAUAGCAAAGAGAAAUACGGUCUUUGACAUUCCUGCAACAUGUCAACAUAUGUCCGCUGCCUUACUAUGUUCAGAACAGAACAUAAAACAAAAUCACAUAGAACUGCACUUUAUUUUAAGUUAGAACCUGGUGUAGGCACUUAAGUU